CGCUAAUCACCGCUAUGCACGUGACGAGAGGACCUCAUGUUUAUCGGCGGUCAACUCAGCCUCAACCUUCAAUAGGUAUCUCUUGUUCAGCCUUCAUCAACUUUGCUCCCUUCUUCAUAUACACCAAUAAAGCCCUUUUCUCACAAAGUCCACAAUCUUAACAGAAACCCAUCAUGGAAGCAGCGGGGUUUGCAAUUACCGUUGCGAGUGUAGCUUCUAUCCUACAGACCUGCCUCGAAGCCUACCGAGGCCUCAACACAGCCUUGGCAAUGGGAGACACGGCCAGUGCGAUUAAUUUGCGGUUUAGAGUCGAGGAGAUGAGGCUGCGUCUUUGGGGGAUGAGUCGUGGCAUCUACUUUGGCCUAGACAACGGCAGCGAGGACCCGGACAUUAUUAUCCCCGGGGCCUUGGCUUCUCGAAAGCGUCACGGGUCACCUCCAGCUGCUGCGCGGGACAACGAUGUCCUCCACAUCCCGCAGAUGGCAAAGCUAGCGGUUGACAUUCUAGGGAGGAUAUUUCAAGUCCUAGAGAAUUAUAGCCAGGUUAUGGAGAAACAAGGCAUCCCGAAGCCGGUAGUCUCAACAGAGGUCGACGAAGGUCGGUCACUCGCCUCGCUUUUCUCGCCUGGCCGGAUCGAAGCAGCUAAGGCGGCCCAAGGAGAGGAAGCCAAAAGUGUGUCUAAGAAGACGCCUUUCGGCGCAAAGAUUCGCUGGGCAGUGAGAGACAAGCAAGUUCUAACCGAUUUACUUGAUGAACUUACUACGCUGAAUGACGGAUUGCAAAAUUUACUCCCCAGAGAAGAUGCCGUACUUCUCUGUAGAGGGUUGGCGGCCGAAGCAAUUAACGAAGAAUCAACUGACCUUACAGAUAUCACAAUCGAGUCGUUCGGAGGUAUGGGUCGCAAAGCCGCCGCGGCGCUUGAGAUCCGCCAAGAAAACUUGACUAAUCUUUCAGAAAAAGCUUCGCCAUUCUCUACCAAACCUCUCAACGAAGAUUGCGAGCCUUCUUACCUGAUUCCCAUAUCCUGCUUCCCGGACUUCACCGAGCCUCGCCUCAAGUACCGACAGACUAUCGAAGGUCAAUUUGGGAACGAGGCAUUAGAAGUGCCGCUUGUCCGAACCUACCAGACUUUUGUCCCACUUCCACCUACAGCGGGGAGCAACUCGGCAAAAGUUAACAAAUUCCAGCGACCAGAAGUCGUCUUGGUAGAGUGGAGAUCACAAGAAGCAGAGUCAAAGUACUCAACUAUCUCUGCCGAAGCGCUUGCGAGACGUCGCGACCAUCUCGUCUCACUCUUGCAUAGGACGGCUACCUCAGACGAUGAGUAUCGAGUUCUCAACUGCCUCGGCUACUGCCUUACAUCUGGUCGACUUCCUGAUGGAGAAACACAUCCCAUCGUAGGAUUUGUCUAUAGACUUCCUGAUGGUGCAGCGAACCAUGUGGAACCGAUCAGUCUGAGGGCAAUAUUGGGAGAGGCAUUUGCAGCUACCGACCCUCACAUUCCUAAUUUGGACGACCGGUAUCAGCUAGCCUGGAGCCUUGCCGUGUCUCUGUAUCAACUUCAGUGUGCCGGGUGGAUUCACCGAAAGAUAUCAAGCCACAACGUUCUCUUUUUCAAAGAUAAAGCCAGAGGCCAGAUCGACAUAAACCAACCGUACGUCUGCGGAUGGCAAUAUGCGCGGCCAGACUCCUAUAUACCGGGAUAUAAGCCAAGUAUCUAUGAGUCGGAAUCGAGGAAGGUCGGUAGUCUGGGUGAUCUCGACAUGUACGCUCACCCGAGAAGGCUAGAUUACGUGAAAGGGAUCCCACGCUUUAGAAAAAGUUUCGACAUAUACAGCCUCGGCAUCAUACUAAUAGAGAUUGCGUUUUGGGAACCCAUAGUGGCUUUCGCCGAUGUGGAGAAACGAACGCUGAUGGAGAGGUUUUAUCACCCUGUGGAGCCGACCACCGUAUGGGCGUCGAAAAUUCGGGCGGCUGCGGAGAAGGAGAUAGGACCAGAGAUGGGUUUGGCCUAUCGGGAUGCUGUUCUGGCUUGUCUCGGAGGCUUGAAGAUGGCUAGCCUUGACGACAUACUAGCAGUAGAGGAUAUCGACAUGAAGAACAUCGAGUUGGGCAUAGAAAGAGAAUUCUUCUGGAGAGUUGUUCAUUCCUUACGGCUGAGAUAAUAAAGCAGCACUCACUAGUAUCGCUGGAUGCGCUGUGGGCACGUAGGUAUAGCAAUGUAGGCGUCUACGUUUUACGCAACAGGGCCACGAUCAUAUAGGUAAAAAUGCAAUCAACAAGUCCGUCUCGACUCUCGCGUCAUCCGUUCGUUGCCAACCCGUGCAGACAAUAUUUAACAUCCCACCACCGGUCUUUGAACUCCACCGCCGCAUAAGAGGGUGUCUGCCGCUUCAGGGGCAACUCUAUCGUCAUCCAAGCAUCGGAUUGAUCCACGCAAAUGAUCCCAACAACAGCCGGAGCCGCGGUCUCGGGGGCCUGUCUAAAGGUCAUUGUCCGUUUCAACGGUAGCUACCGCCGGCU